AAAUCACCGUCGCCUGAUGCAUCCUCAGAAAUUGCUGAAGGUUCAGCAGUAGUAACAAAAGAACGUAAAUUAGAUCCUUCACAUCCUUUUGUACAAGGUACAAAAAAAGGAAACACACGGAUGAUAUUAGUGUCACCUUUUCCGCAAGAUAUCGCUACACGAAAGACUGAAUGGGAUACGCAAACUGAUCGUCAAAAUGCUUAUAAAACAAAUAUAAAAAAACGUGAUACCGCUGCAGGAAAUGCUGCAAGUUCAAAAAUAAAGGCCGGUCCAAUUCGUGCACCUACAAAUAUUCGUGUCACUUCACGAUUUGAUUAUCAACCAGAUAUAUGUAAAGAUUAUAAAGUAACUGGCUAUUGUGGCUAUUGUGAUUAUGGUGAUUCAUGUAAAUUCUUGCAUGAUAGAGGUGACUAUAAAUCUGGAUGGCGAUUAGAAAGAGAUGGGAAGACAUGCAAGGAAGAAUUCGACAAGAUUAUAGAAUCCAGUGGUUACAAGAAUUUUCUAAAAUUCCGAGCUUGUGGAACUCCUACUAAUGAGAAGGGGAUUGAUGUGCAACAACAAGAGCAACAGCAAGAGGAAGAAGAUAGUGAAAGUUCUGUCAAUCCCGCUAAAAUAAAUGACCCUCAGGGUGCAACACCAAUUGCUGGAAUUGCACUACGGGUUUUUCGAGGGUCGUUGGUCUUUGAUCAAGACCAACAAGAAAAAAAUCACGCGUUCAAAGACAUUACAAACCAAAAUAAAGCUAUUUAUACAAGCGACAUUAAUCAGGAGGCACACUCUUUAGUAUCUGAAUCUAAUAGUAAUGCAGAACAACUCUUUGCGAAUCAAGUCUCUAGUUCUCAACAAUUCGAUGAAGGAUUUUCUGAUUCCUUUCAACCUGGUAAUAACAAUUUAUUCAUUGAAGAACAAAGCAAAACCUCGAAUAAUAGGGCUCAACGAUGGAUUUCUGGAAAUCAUGAUUAUAAUCCGGCAAGCUUAAUAGCACGAAU